UUUAUCAUAAUGAAAUCUAUUUUUCAAAUUAUUAUAUCUUUACUAAUAAUUAUUUCUCAAGUAUAUUGUAAAUGUAGUUGGGACAAGAUUUAUGGGUGUUUGCAACAAUAAUAAUGCGAUUAUUGAUUCAUUGACAACAUGUUGCGACAAGCGUGAGAAAUGUUACCAUCAAGAUAUAACUCUACAGUGUGACAACGAUUACUGUAGCUGCAUAAAAGGAGUUACAAAUAUUGACAAAUGUAGAAAAGCAGCUUAUGGGUUGGUCAAAUGUUAGAAUAAAUAGCUACAAAGUGUAAAUAAUGACGAUAAAGAUAAUAUUAACAUUUAUUCUAAAAUUUUUAUAUCUGGUCUAUUUAAAAUGAUGUAUGUAUUAAUAAAAUAUUUAUCA